AUGAAGAGUUUCAGCCAAGAAGGCCAAGGAAUCUAUCAAGGCAGAACUCAGGCUGAUAAUCUAAUAAGGAGCAAUCAAUUCUAUGUUGCACAAGUGAGCCAAAUGGAAGUAAAAAUUUCAGAGCUAAAAGCACUCUUACAGGCCAAAGAUAGCGAAAUUUCAUAUUUAAAGAAGAAGGUUACCAGUUUGGAAGAGGAAAAGAGAGCUAGAAAUUCGAUUUCGAUGUCAAGCCAAGUGGAUGAACUGAAAUCAAGAAAUGCUGAACUUGAAGAAGAAAAUAAAGAGCUAAUUCACCUUUUAAUAGAAAAAAUUUUAGAUUUAUAAUUAAUUAGAGAUCUUAAUAAUAAUCCUAUGAACUUUCUAUUAUUGUCAUUAUUAUUGAAUAAAUUUUAUUACAGAAGGAAUGAAGAAUCACUUUUUUAAACAAUAAAAAAAAUAAUUUAUAGAAUUUUUUUGACUUAUAAGGGUUAAGAAAUCGUUUGAACCAUGCAGAGCUCGACUCUGACACCAAAAUUCAGCUUGAACAUGCUAUUAGAAUGAAAGAAAUUUUUGAACAAAAAUAUAGAGACGUUAAAUCAAUGAUGAUAAAAGCAGAGAUGGGCUCCCCUGGCAAUGAAGACACUAUAAGAAGUCAAGAUUAUUAUAAAGAUGAUUGAAAAAAUAGUUUCCUUAAGCCAAAUAUACACGAAGAUAAUACAAGAAAGAUUUCAGAGGAAAAACAGCCUUUUAAAAGAAAGUCAGUAGAAAUUGAAAAAAAUUUUAUUGACUUGAAGCAUGAGUAUGAAAUGGCUAUGGAAAAAAUAAAAGAAUUUUGACUUACUCACCCAUAAUAAGAAGAUUCAUGCUUAUACGUGUAGGGGUUUAGCACAAAAUAUUCAAUAGUAAAUUUUAUAUUAAUAGAUCGAAAUUGGCUAUUGUUUGAGGAUUUUCAGCUAUCCAUUUAUAUAAAAUUUAUUAUUAAGAAGUUUGCUGUAAAAUCUCUACGAAUAAGUAAGAAUCUGCUUACUGGGAGGGACUUAGGGUCAAAAACAGACAGAUCAUCAUCUUUUUCAUCUAUAUCUGUUAAUGAUUCCCAAUCUAGAUCGUAUAAAUCGCUUGUAACCAAAAACAAAGCCUCAAUAGACAUAGAGGAAAAAACUUUGUCACCUAGCAAAAUGUCUCCUUUUAAGCACUCAAGUUCUCCUCAAACUUCUUAUAAGCCGCAAUUGCUAAAUGGAUACUUAAAACUAACUCCAGACUCUCCAGCUUCAAAGCCUCCACUUGGAAUAAAAAAAGGCAAAUUCAAAAUAAUCCCAAAUAAUCGAGAACAUGAAAAUAUAUCCCAGGAACAAGAAUAGCUGGACUAUAAAAAGGCUGGGAAACUCCCUGAGUUGAUUUUCCAGCUCGAGUUGACAAAUAUAUAAUAUUUGAUAUAUUUGCCAACUCCCGGAAUGGCUUACCAAUUUGAGUUAGACAGCCUACUCAGGAAGUUUCUCACUCCCCCCCCCUUUAAAUUGAAACAAAAUAUAGGUAAAAUUCCUACUUUUUUGGGAAAUUACCCCCUUUAAAUUGAAACAAAAUUUUUAUUAUAAUAGAAAAUUUUAUAGGUAAAAAAUCAUUAUUUUAUAUGUAAAUACGUUAAUACGUUAAUACCCUAUUUAAUAUGCUUCAAACAUAUAAGAUUUAGAAAUUAAACUCUAUUUUGUCCAAUUGUUAUGGGGAGAGUUUAGAAGAAUACCAUUUCAGCAAGUUUACACUUUGAGAUUGAGAAAUUUAUGAAUUAAUUUUUCAUGAAAUUAAAAUUAAAAAUCAAACACUUUCCAUUUUUAAAACUAUUAAAUGCAAAUUUAUAAAGUUUAACGUGAAAAUUCAAAACUUUCUAAAAUAGUAUUCUUAAAUUUUAAAGAGCGAUUUUUAAGAAAAUAGAACUUGCUAACUUACCGACUAGGCAUUGUCAUAAAAUUAUAAUGUUAUUAAAUAUAAUUUACUCAAUUUAUUGUCUCUUUAAAUUUAUAUAAUUUAUUUUCUAUAAAAUUUUAUCUCUGAAAAAAUUUUUAUAUAUAAAUUUUUUUAUAAAAAAUUUUCUUAACCCCCCUUUAAAUUGAAACAAAAUUUUUUGUUUUCAAUUUAAAGGGGGGGGAGUCAGUAUUUUAAUAAUCCAGGACGAGAUAUUCUCGCUUCUGGACUAUAGCAUACCUCAGUCAAUUAAUUCUUCAUUAGAUAAAGCUCAGAAAACGGGUUCAAUAUUAAAAACUAUCAAGGAGGAUAAAGGACAAAGCCCUCUAUCUAUAAGUACAAGCAGCUGAAAGAAAGAGCAAGCUAACACAAGCUCUUCAUUUACAAGCAGAAAUAACUUAUCAACAAGUUCUAUUAAAAAAGAAGCUGAAUAUUAUCCAUUAUCAAUGAGGAAUGCGAGAUUAGGGACAAAGAAAGGACAAGUUGUGAUUGAUUUUGAUAAGUAUGAAAGGUAA